CCUUAGAGUAAUACGGUAGCAGCAGCAGAUUACGGUACUAGCUGGGCUACUGCCUGUGUUACGUCAGCGAGAGCUGCAAAGUUCCUUGCCAUUCUUUUCUGGUGUCGGGGAGCUGAAUAUUAAAAGGGUGAUUGUAGAGUUAUCGCUUAUCUGUAUUUUUUUUCUUUCCCUAUUUUGACUCUUUUUUUUUAAAUGCAGGUAAAGUGACAGAGGGCCAGGGGCUUACGGACAUUGGUGGUGGAGGGGUGAGUCAGCGGGUGCAAAAGGACGAGGAUUUGGUUCCUCCGAGAGACGGUCCCCUCUCCGCCUCCAGAGAAGAGGCAGGCAGUUCCCGGGACCCAAGCUGGGUCCGCCUCCCCAGCGAGCGAGCGGUUGAAUCAGCAGCGGCGCUUCAAGGUGGAUGCGGUCAAACGAUGCCCACAGCAGCCUGGGUCUCGGCAUAUAUUUCACAUCCACGUCCCCUGCCCCGCACGCCUAGAAGCUGCAGCGAGCAAGAGCCCUCAGUGGGGCAGCUCAAAAUGUAGAUAACUGCGGGCCGGGAGCAGCGCCCAGAUGCCAUCGGUUCCUGCCUUUGAGCGUCGACGGCUGAUCUGUUUGCUGGGGAGACUGGCGCUGGAGUUUUGAAUUCCGAAUUAUGUGCAAAAUGCUGAAUCUUCCCCCAACCAGGACGAGUCAGACAGUGUGGAGAAGCAGACUCUCACUCUCGUAAUUCUUGGAUUGCAUGUUGCACGGAGUCUCUCUCCUGUAUCUUCUCACCCAGCCUCGGGUAGGGAGGGAGUCGGGGUCCCGGGUCAGGCCAGCCCAGCAGGUGGAGAGAGUUCCCGGCCGUCCCGCGCGCCCCUGGCCAUGUCGCCUUUCAUGCCCUGCCCCUUCGCGUGGCCUUCUGAGGGUUCCCAGGGCUGGCCAGGGUUGUUUCCCAACCGCGCGUGCACUCUCACCCCCAGCGAAACCCAGCUGGCAAGGCUCCCUUCAGCGGAGACCUUUUGAUUCCCCGCUCCCGCUCUCCCUCCACCGCGCCAGCCCGGGGGUUGGCCCUGGAGAGCCGGACCUCUCCCGGCCCCGGCUGGGACCAUGGUGUUUCUCUCCGGAAAUGCUUCCGACAGCUCCAACUGCACCCAACCGCCGGCACCGGUGAACAUUUCCAAGGCCAUUCUGCUCGGGGUGAUCUUGGGGGGCCUCAUUCUUUUUGGGGUGCUGGGGAACAUCCUAGUGAUCCUCUCCGUGGCCUGUCACCGACACCUGCACUCAGUCACUCACUACUACAUCGUCAACCUGGCGGUGGCCGACCUCCUGCUCACCUCCACGGUGCUGCCCUUCUCUGCCAUCUUCGAGGUCCUAGGCUAUUGGGCCUUCGGCAGGGUCUUCUGCAAUAUCUGGGCGGCAGUGGACGUGCUGUGCUGUACCGCGUCCAUCAUGGGGCUCUGCAUCAUCUCCAUUGACCGCUACAUCGGCGUGAGCUACCCGCUGCGCUACCCCACCAUCGUCACCCAGAGGAGGGGUCUCAUGGCUCUGCUCUGCGUCUGGGCACUCUCCCUGGUCAUCUCCAUCGGGCCCCUGUUCGGCUGGAGGCAGCCAGCCCCGGAGGACGAGACCAUCUGCCAGAUCAACGAGGAGCCGGGCUACGUGCUCUUCUCAGCGCUGGGCUCCUUCUACCUGCCGCUGACCAUCAUCCUGGUCAUGUACUGCCGCGUCUACGUGGUGGCCAAGAGGGAGAGCCGGGGCCUCAAGUCCGGCCUCAAGACCGACAAGUCGGACUCGGAGCAAGUGACGCUCCGCAUCCAUCGGAAAAACGCCCCAGCAGGAGGCAGCGGGGUGGCCAGCGCCAAGACCAAGACGCACUUCUCGGUGAGGCUCCUCAAGUUCUCCCGGGAGAAGAAAGCGGCCAAAACGCUGGGCAUCGUGGUGGGCUGCUUCGUCCUCUGCUGGCUGCCUUUUUUCUUAGUGAUGCCCAUUGGGUCUUUCUUCCCUGAUUUCAAGCCCUCUGAAACCGUUUUUAAAAUAGUAUUUUGGCUCGGAUAUCUAAACAGCUGCAUCAACCCCAUCAUAUACCCAUGCUCCAGCCAAGAGUUCAAAAAGGCCUUUCAGAACGUCUUGAGAAUCCAGUGUCUCCGCAGAAGGCAGUCUUCCAAACACGCCCUGGGCUACACCCUGCACCCCCCCAGCCAGGCCCUGGAAGGGCAGCACAAGGACAUGGUGCGCAUCCCCGUGGGAUCAGGAGAGACCUUCUACAGGAUCUCCAAGACGGAUGGCGUUUGUGAAUGGAAAUUUUUCUCUUCCAUGCCCCGAGGAUCUGCCAGGAUUACAGUGUCCAAAGACCAAUCCUCCUGCACCACAGCCCGGGACUUUUAACCAUGAAACCACCUGCGUACAGCUCCAGUGGAGCCCAGUUGGAACCCUGUUUGCACCUGCUCCGUGUCUGCAGACUGUGCUGGGGAGCUGGGCAGAGCCAGGCUGCUGUGGUGCCCACCAUCUUCAGAAAGCAAUGGCAGCCAUGGCCUCCCGGCCCUCCAGAGUCCCUGGGAGCUGAGUGAGUGGAGAUGACCAUUGCGGGGCUAGGCUGACAAAAGCAAGUUAGGAUUUCAGUAGCGGACACCAGUCCCUUGCUGCUGCUCCCAUCAGCCUUAGCUUGUUCAUGCUGCCCAGACCCAAAUGUCGUGGAAGAGGGGCUGAGAAUGGCCUUAUCUGCUCUAUGCAGGAAAAUGUCAUUUCUACUUUGCUGCUGCAACAUGGGUUACUGGCUCUCUCACCUAAAAGAAGGUUGUGGAGUUUGUGGAUGGAGGGGUUUAGCAGCAGGAAGAUUUACCAUAGACAUUGCCUCAAAGCAGGUUGGUUGAGUCAUGCCUUGCUGCAAUUGAUAAGCAAGGAACUGCCCUAAAGCUUGUGGCUUUUUCAUUUCAAAAGACAAAAUAAUUGCCUUUCCUUUCCGUGUGGCUCAGGAGUUAUUACUUUACUUUCUCACCAUAUCAUAUUCAGUGAAGCCACAUUAUAAGCUGGAAAUGAUUAUUGCUAAACUAUGAAAACUACAGGCUUAAUUAGGCAGAAAAUCUAAGAGCAAAUGUACACUGUAUUUGGAGUUAAAAAAAAAAAAUGAAGGCACUGGCUUCUUCAAAAGCCUGGAUUCCAUAGGUGCAUUCAAAUGCAGUAGAGAGAAAGCUAAGACAAAAAAUCCCAACUUAAGUUUACUAUUUCUGUCCAUUUAUAUAGCACUUUAUAUUUGUCAAAGUAAUUUUGCUUAUCUUAAGUCAUCCCUGUGCAGUAGAAAGAGAAGAAACAGAUUAUUGCCUACACUUUAGCAUAUAAAGAAAAGAGGAGGUGGGAGAUUUAAGGAUUUCUUGCAAUAUCCCCAAAUCCAGCCUCCGACUCCUUUUUCCAUGGCACCUCAGUGUUUCCCAGGUCCCCUGUGUUUCCUGACACUCUGACUUUCACAUCUCACUCAUUUGUCCCUGACCUAUAAUUUCAGCUCUAUUGACAGCUUCUCUCCUGUCGUAUCUCUGCCAUGGCUGGGCAGCACCACACUGUUCCAGGAGCCAAGGGCAUAUUUGUCUUUACUUCUGUGAUUGCCUGAAAGACACGCACCUGUGAUUCUGUUCUUUAUUCCUAGAGGGCAGCAGCAGAGCCAAGGAACUAGGCAGGGCAGGAGACUCUUGGUUUGCUCCACAGCAUGACAAGGAAGGCAGUAAUUGUCACCUUACUGUCCUCAGGAACGCAGAGGUCCCAAAGGGAGUUUGGGGAAUAAUUCUUUUUCCGGUCAGCCUGUGGGUCAUUGCAUACACACUAGUCAUUGCCAGCAGCAAACAACUUCUGCUGCAUCCCACCCUGCACUUGGCAUAAAAAAACAGAGAGGCUCAGAGAGUCCCCAGCCUACAAGCUGGAUGGAGUCCAUGUUCAUCUGUCACAAAGUCAAAAAUGCAUUUUUCCAAGAGGCAUUGUUAUAAAUGGGGGAGGGGUAGGAUGUUCCCAGAUGAGCCAAAAAGAAAAAAAAUCUAUUUAAUGUACAUUAGGAGUUUACAAACUUUUUCUAUAUGUGACUAGAUAGUAAAUAUUUUAGGCAUUGCGGGGUCAUACAGACUCUAUCACACAUUCUUAUUUGUUUUGACUUUUGGCAGGGAGGGAGACAACCCUCCAAAAUGUAAAACUAAACCCUUCUUCUCUCAAACAAAGCAAAACAAACAAAAAACCAGACUGCAGACCAGAGCGAGCUCAUGGGCCGUAGUUUGCCAUCAUGAUCUGUGUUGUUACUAGCUGACAGUAUAGCACAGAUGAUGCUAAACAACGGGAUUCGGUGUUCAAAAUACAAAUAUUUUUUAAUAUGCCAUUGACACAUCUCCACUUAGCUAAAUUCAUGUUCCCAAUCUGCAUGAAUGAUUGCAUAAAGUGACAAGUCCAUAUUCAGAGUGGGCCCAUCCCAUGUAUCAUUUGACCUUCCAAGCAGGCAUCAGAGUAAGAGGUGAGCACCUGUCACCCCACUGCUGUCCUCUGUAGAGCAGGGAGGUCCACUGGAGCCCAGGGGGGCCUCAACAUUGUUCAGCUCCUUGCCCCAUCUGGGAAAUCCCCAUAGCACAAUCUGGCUGACCCUAAGAGUAGCAACAAUAAAUACACACCCUUGACCAAGGCCAACCUGAAAUUCUCCCAGACCCUUGGAACCUGCCCAAGUGGAGGGCCCCAGAGGACCCCCCAAAGAAUCUCUGGGUCACACUUGGCUCCUUGGGAAGACCUCCUAGACAUGGCACCCCACACCAGGGCAUUUGAGGGCCUGCCUGGAGCUCACCAAGAAGAGUCAUGGGGUUCAGAGAGUAUGCUUGGUACAGUGGGCAUUUUCAAAAGACAGAUAGGAUUCAGAAUUGUUCUCUCCUCCUUUUCCUCUUCCUCCUCCUCCUCCUCUUCUUUUAUUUUUCCUUUUUCUUUGCCUAACUGGAAUAGAAAUGAUAUUACUAUGGGGAAGCAUAUUCAGCCCUCCCCUGGGGAUACCAGAUUCAUGUUUCCCUGAGCUGACACACUUUGUUGGAGGGACUUCUUGUUCCUUCCUCUCUCCAGGCCUGAUGGGCAAUGAGGAAGAGAAAGACUCUCCUGAUCAGAAAUAAAGUGCCGUUCCUGCAGCCAAGGGCACAGCGUCCACAGUGUUGACAGAGGAGACUCCACGGCAGGGCUCUCGGGUGGGGCAUGGAUGGUGGUGGGUGCAGAACUGACAUGGAAGAACCUGGAAAUACUGAGGCCACUCAGUAAUCACACCUCUAUUACCUUGGGAUGAUGCUACAUGGCAGCCUCCCCUACCUUCCCUUCCUGUUGGUCUUGAUCCUGAGCCCUUUCAUCUUUCCCACCUCCUUUCCUGAUGCUGUCCUCUCCAUAAUUCCACCCUCCCCUUCUUGCUAAACUUAUAAACAAUGAAAAAGGCUGGGGUGGGUGUCCUUGCUCCAGAGGGUGCCAUUUCCCACGGAAUCCAUGCUCUGGGUGACAAGAUGGGGCUGCCCUCAGCAACUCCAUCCCCUUCCCAGGUCAGCCUGACUCUGUGAGCUGCAGGCCCACAGCAUCCAGAGAGCUCAGGGCAGGAGAUGGUGCCAGGAGAGUGAGGACAUUUUGAAGGCCCCCACGGACUUUUAUCCUCUGCUUGCAGUGCUGCCUUUCUGCUCGUAUACAAUUACUUCCAAGUGAAAGGUAUAAACAACGUGCAGCCACAUUUUAGAAAAGAGCUGGUGGUCAGAGUGAGUGGUUGCAGUAUUUCUAUCAGCCCCACAAGGGGUGCACCUCUUACCAAUCUCUAAUGGUUCAAAAGUCUCUACUGAACCCAGCAAAGUCAGCUUCUCUUUCUCUUCUUCUGCAUCUUCUGUCUCUUGCCCUUCUUGUUCCUUCCCUGUUGACUUCCCCUCUUAAGAAUGCUUGAGGGCCUUCAAGGCCUUUGAUUAAUCCCAUAAAGUAAACCUGGUUUUAUGUUGGCAUUGAGCAACGCUUAACCCAUCGGAAUGUAUACCCUGAGCAGAACUGUCAGCCAGGCAAAGGGUGUUCUUUCUCUUCUGAUACUCUGCUCUUUGUCCCUGUCCCCAGCAGCCCAUCUGCUACUGGAACUUGUUCACGGAGUCCUUCUGCCAACUCAUCAUAUUCUUGUCCCAGGAACUUUUCCAGUUUAAUAAAGGAUCUUCUACCAACCAGUAUGCUCCUGCUUUUGCAGAUACAGCACAGCUCCAUGCGUUUGUAUCCCGCCACCCAUAUUAGUGUCCUAGGCCAAUCAUAACAAACAAAUGGGGUGGCUUCAACAACAGAAAUUUAUUAUCACACCAUUAUGGAGACUGGAGAGUCGAAGAUCAAGGCGUUGGCUGGUUGUGUCUUCUGAGGCAUCUCUCUUUAACUUGUAGAUAGUUACCUUCUCCCUGUGUCUUCAUGUGGUUUAUUCUCUGUACAUUUCUCUGUCCUAAUUUCUUAUAAAGACACCUGUUUUAUUGGAUUAGGGUCCACCCUCAUCACCUCAUUUAACCACACCAUGCCUUUAAAGGCACUAUCGCUGAAUACAGUCAGAUUCUGAGGUCCUGGGGGUUGGGACUUCAACAUAGGAACCUGUGGGAGACUCAUUUGAGCCCGUAAGGACUCCCUCCUCACUCUUUCAUUUCUGCCCAUACAAAAUGUACCCAUAAUUCUUUUCCCAGAUCAGAAGUUUAAAUUCGGCCCUUUUUGAUCAUCCCAAUUUCUCUCCAAGUUCUUAUAGCAAUUGUCUAUAGAACAUAUUUGGCAGUUAAUUCUGUACUCUAUUGUAAUCUUUCUGUUGUUUUUAAAAGACUAUAACUAUUUAAAGUAUUUUAAAGCAUACCUUGUAUACACAGUACUUAUAUAAGUUCUGUCUUCUCAACUAGAGGAGAACUCCUGGAUGGCAGCAAUGUUUUGUCACUUAGCAUGCCCAUGGCAGUACUCCAGCCCCAAAGCAGGCAUGGAGAGAGGGGUGCACAGCAGAGCAAGUAAUCAGACCCAACCACUAGUUACAGACACCCACUGGGAAGCCAGUCCCCAGGGACCUGGAAACAUCAGACAAUCCACCCAGAAAGGCUCAGGCUGAUGACCCUGAUGAUUCUUAGGGACAGUAAGAUCCCAGUUAGAUGUGCAGAGCACAGCAGUGAGGAACCCCAGGUCAGCAGUGCAGAAUCCCAGACAUCGUAAGUCAGAUGGGCAUAUGCUCACCCAGAGACCAUCUUUACCCAAGAAAGCAGAGCCUCAUCCUUAAUUGAGACAGAUCCUAGACUCCAAGGGGAGGGUGAGACAGAACAAGAUGGGAUAAGAAGCACAGCAGAGCCCAGUCUUGAGAACUGGGGCAUUAAGGACCACAUGAGGGCCCUAUGAUCACCCUGGGGUCUCCAUGCCAGUGAUAGGUGGGUUAAGGGUAUGUCAGUGCUGUCUGCCCUGUAUCAGUAUUGGCUUGAAAAAUGGGUGCCAAACAGCCUCAGGUAGUUUUUCCUCUACUCUUCUUAUAGCCUAAGAAAGACAAAAGAGGAAAGGAAGCUGCACUGUUUGGAUUCAAUAUGAGGACAUAGACGGCCAGGCCCUGCUAAAAGCUGUCUUAAUGAAGACCACCUUCCACUCUAAAAGCCUAAGCCCUCAUAAGCGCAAUGAGAUGGUCCUGCUGCGCAGCUGCCCACUCUGCCUGGUCUCAGGGCAUCCUGGCCUGCCCACCUCGUGCCUCUUGAAAAAUCCCAUGCCAUUUCCACUUCAUCACCCAACCCAGGCCCCUUGUAUUGCCCUCAUAGUGUUUCCCUGACAGCCACACAGUGAUAUAUUCUUUUCUGCCCUGGUUCCUGAGAAACGACGCGCAUUUAUCCUCAUUUGGAAGAAUCAAGACUGUUCUAACUGCAUGGCAUCUGCUGUUGUGUUUGCUGGGCAAGAGACAAUGCCACUGUGGCCUCCUAUCUCCCUCUUCCCUCCCUGGGGACUCUCAGGUUGGAAGCGUUUCUGGUUCCACAAUAUCAAUCACAUCAGAACACCCUGGCUGUCUAGAGUCACGUGAGGCACCAGCUUCGGUCCAGUCUGGAAACAACAGGGGAAAAUCACAACAAAAGGCAAGCCCUACAAAAGUAUUCAGUCUAUUCAAGCCAAAAGCCAUCCAAAACCAGUUUCAAAUAAGUAUAGCAAUGUCUUACUGAUUUAUCCUUAAAAAUUGCAUUUCUUCCCCUCCCUUGUCUUCAUUCCUGUUGUUAAAUGCAGCCUUAUCUUUCAUAAUGAAAAGACAGGCUAAUUGAAGUCUCAAGCGAUGGGAGGGCUGUGGCCCAUUACUCAAAAGCUGAGCAUCAGGCAGAGUACUUCAUGCCCCAGAGUGCCUCCCCCAGUCCUGGAGUCAUGACAGAGGUGACAGUGGUCGUAAAGAGCAGAGAAGGAGGGAAACUUGAUGAAUGGGAUGCUGAAUAAGCAGUUUAAAUCUACAAAUAAGAAUGCUGAAAUUCAAUCUGACAAGUAAAAAGCUAUUAAAAAGAACACCUGUGAAUUAUUUUUUAAGAUCAAAGCAGGCAUUACAAAUACUUCAAUAACAAUUUAUUGCUAGUUUUCUACAUACUUAAAAAAAAAAGAGUCAAGCUUUUAUUAGGACGUAAUUGAGUAAAAACUGAGGUCCCUUCCUUGCUCUCAUCUUCAUUUCCAGCAGCUUGCCUGGCCCCAUCUUCCUCUUCUGAACAUCACAUACAAGCCUGAUACCUAAACUUCAAUAAGUGCGAGCUGACAUUUGUGCAACAGAAAUUCUGCCUCAGCAUUUAAAGCCGAAUCAAAAACACAUGCUUUCUUCAUCAGAUGUGAGGGAAAACAAACUAUUUUUAUCUCUGGGUGUAACAAGUCACAAGCAAUUCACUCUCCAGUAUUAACACAGAAACUUAUCCCAACAAUGCUGACAGCAAAAUCAUUUUGCUCCCUACAAUGCAUCCAUGAUGAUUUUUGCAGAGCUAAAGUUUAAAGAGGAAAAAAUCAUACCUUUGGAGUAUCUACUACAUGCCGAGCUUUUUGGCAAGGUAUGAGAUUUCGUAGUCACAUUACAAAAGAAAUAUUUUCCCAGAGAAUCAAUACAACAAUAUGGGUAUGAGAAGAGUAAAGAGAGUCAAGUCUACAGGGAGUUUUGAAAAAAGAGAAAGGCUGUAAAGAGUUGCGCACUCUUGUGUGUUCUCCUGGUGUGCCCCUGUGCUCACCUCUUAGCUUGCUAAACGUGACCUUCCCAACGCCACCCCAAGACCCAUGCUAGGAAGGGCACUGGAAGGACCUGGAAAAUGCAGUUCAGAGACGGAUGAUGGACUGAAAGCCACACACCUGGGCUUAAUUGCAGUCUCCAUCUCUGUACCUAUUUAAGUAGCCCUAAACAAGGCACGUUGCCUCUCUUGAGCCAUUUUCCUCACCUGUGAAAUGGGAUUAGCAGAUAAAAUUGUGUACAUGAAACGCUUAUGAGCUGACAAAGCUAUGAAAUCAUAGUAGGCCCCCAAUAAAUGCUAACACUCUUUUUCCAUCCUCAUUUCCCCUCUCAAAUGCUAGCUAAAUAAGACGCAACUAUAAAUUAGAUCACGGGUAAAGUACCUUCAAGCACUGAAAGUGCCACGUGCAGGAAAAGGGAAAACAAGUCCUUCACUUUCCUUUGCUCUUUAUCUCACUUCAGGUUUUCAUUUCCAGGAGUUGGUCAUCCCCACCUGAAGACAUUCAUUUCUCUGUCAUUAGAAAGCGGGUCCCAAAGCACCUGCUGCACCACAGCUUGGGUCCUGUCAUUCCUACAUUGAAGGUGCUAGGCACCAAAUCCCAAUGCCCAGUAAUUCCACACACUACACUGUUUUCUUUGGGUUGGAAAUAGCCCCACUUGGAAAAUCUGUCUUAGCUUUUAAAAAUCAGGCAAACUGCACUACAUUGAAGAUUUCCACCGAGCUCUCUGAAUCGUAGACAACCCAGAACAAGAGUAUCCAAGGCUGGUGUUUGUCAUCUUCCUCACAUUGGCUACUUGCUUUGCAAUAGGAGGUAUUUUAAAUUAUCAUAAUUGUCCUAUGAAAGACACUACAUAAAAUGCCAUCAUUGUAGAAAAUGUGUGUGUGUCUGCCUGUGUGUGUGUGUUUAUAUAACUGAUGUUAUGGAAAAAAGAAGUAGUUGUGAUCACUGGAAGACAGUACAGCAUUUGAAGCAAAGCUUAGAUGUAAAGUCAUCUAAGAAAAUAGGGCUGAGCACCUCUUGGCUUGGGCAACUGUUGGAAGUAAAUGUUUACCAAGAUAAACAGCAAAUACCCAAACGUGAACAGAGGCCAUUUUGAUUUCACUGCAAAUUGAAAUCUGUCUCAUGGAAACUUCAGGUCACAAUCUCAGUGCUAAUUUCAGGUUCUGCUAGUUGAGUCUAGACAUUUCUAGGGCGCCCUUUAAGUGGUCUCCAGGAGCCUCCUAGGCAGGUGUCUUCACAGGGAAGUCCACACUGCAAGCUCAGCUCACCAUGACACAGGCUGAUGGAGCAGUCAGCCAUGCUUGGAGGCUGAAUUUGGCAGGGACUUGCUGCCAUCUCCCUGCCAAAUGGUCUCUCAUGACUCCGAAUCUCAAAAAAAAAAAAAAAGUCACUUUCAGGGAUGAGGUUCUUGGCCCAACUCUGCCUUAUAUAAACAGUCUAUGGCUAUUUCAGUCUUCUGGAUUUUGAGAAGCAGCUUCAAGGAUAAACGGAUUGGUGUUGGCCCAAAUUAAAAAGAAGAGUGUUCAGUUCUGUCAAUGUUUGGAGAAAGAAGACCAAAAGCAUCAUCUCACAGGGAGCAGAAUGUAAUCAGUCUGGCUAAGGAGGAAAUUAGAGGGGUUCUCAAUUUAAGAACUCACUCUACCAAAGCCUGAACUCGUGAAAAUGGAUACAUUAAGUUUGGUGUAAGAAUUCUUACUCUACAGAAAGAUAAAAUUGUAAUCAUGUUGAUGCAUGAUGCCUAGGAUAUUAAAAAUGCAUGAUUAAUUAAAGGUUAGUCAACCUUGUGUUUUAAAGGGACACACACCCAUGACAUGAAGCCAGCUUCCUGUCCACAACUGUUGUCCUUACCGCCCAAGGAAGGGGAGCAUGAAACCCACCACUUGUCCUGCUACCCACUGUCUUUGGAAUCCACCCCAGGAACCCAGGAGCCAGGAGCCUUGCCUGACACAUGGAUUUACUUCUUUAUCAAGCAUCCAUCUGACUAAGACACAAAUCCAACAUAUUACUGUUGCUCAUGCAAGAAAAGCAGCAACUUAAUGAUUAUUAUGAUUAUGAAUUAAUGAUUAGGGAUGAUUAUAAAUGAUAAGAGAAAGAAGAAAAGAGCCUUUGGGGACAAAUAGCUUGAUUGUUUGCAAAUCAGUUUAGUACAACCUCCGUCCCCCAUUUCAUUCUUAAAAGUUCAUUAAGAAUCAUCAGCCACAUGUAGGGUGUUGGAAAUUCCGUAAGACACCCAGGUUUCUUCAAUAAGUAAAUGGCAUUUUAAAAAAGGGAAAUUUGUGGGUUCAAAUAUUCUUAAGAGAUAUAUUCAUCAAGUAUAAUGUAUAAGCUUUGUUGGUUUAGAUCUUUAUUGAAACUAAGUGUAAAAAGUCAUUUUUGAAGUAACUGGAGAAGAUUAAGCAUAGGCUGGGUCCUAUUUGAUGUUAGAUAAUUAGGUAGUUACUUUAAAUUUUGUCAGAUAUGAUAAUGGCAUUGUCCUUAACUGGUAGGUACAUAUCGAAGUAUGUUUACAAUUUGCUUUAACAUCUUCUUGCCAAAAGUGGGUAAGCCAUGGUGAUAGACAAAGUAAGAAUGGCAGACAAGGCCACACACAGUUCUUCC